AUGUCUGACGUUCCGGCUAGCGGGCCAUCUGAAAGACCACCGACGAAGAAGGAGACCGUCGACAAAUGGCUGAACAAAACAACCUACCUCGAAUAUGAAACCAAGCAAGAUUUGGAGAUCCUCCGAAAGACCUCAGCCAUCAAGAUUGGCGAGUUCCUGGAACUUCUUCAUACCUCAGGACCACGUGCUUGGUUCUUGGAUGAAAGCAUCGAUCUGUCGCUGUCCCUUCUCACAGACAUGAAAAAGAAAUCGAAUUGCUUUGUCUUGCCAAUCUGGGACGCAACUCAAUUGUGCGUGAUCGGGUCUGGCGCGCGAAAGGUUGAGGCUUCUGAUGAUCUUCUGAGAGAGAGCUUACAGGUUGGCGGCAAACGGUGGAUUAUUGUGCCGUGUAAUGAUGGCAUGCUUCCUGCUCCAUCUACCGCCAUGAAAGAUGAUGGCAAAAAGGGCGACAAGACAAAGAAAGGCUAUAAAGAUGGAGACAGGAGUAUUCCUUCAACACCGGAGGAAACAACGGAUACCUCAGAACAGGCAAAGGAAGGCGAACCUAAAGUAGGUGAAGAAGAAAGCUUGCCAGUCAGUGAAGAGUCCGGAAAACCCAAGAAUGCUUCGGAGAGAGGCGCUGUUAAGAGCAAGACAGCCAAGGAAGGAGAAAACGAAAAAUCGGAAACCGAUGAGCCAAGGUCGAACGACAGUGAAGAAACGGACAGGGUUCUCAAGUACAGCGGUACACAUUGGGGUCUCAUGAUUAUCGACACCGAAACCGAAGUUGCCAGGUGGUUCGAUGGACUACUUGACAUUAAAUACAAGACCCGGAAUGGCAGAAGAGUUGCCUCGAUCAACCACAUGUUGAAUGCCGGAACAGCCGCUGGCAAAGUUUUAGGCCAGAGAGGAUUUAGCUCGAGAGCUACUCGUCAGAAAAUACAGGAUAUGAUUCGCACGCAGCAAGAGAGUACGAAGACAGCGGACGAGCUGCCUCUUUGUCUCGAUCCUCGAAUGAUGGAAAUGCUGGGACUAAACAUCACAGUGCAGCAGCUUCUGGCUGCUCUGAAUCAGAUCAACGGGAAUGAAAAUCUAAAUGAAGAAGAGCCAGACAAGGCGAGUGACAAAGAAUACCGAGCACAAUACGAGGAAGCAAAAAAGAACAACACACUGCCUCGAGGGAUUGUGUCUCUAGCCCAAUUUGCUGAGCAUGUUAGAUACCUUAAAAUUGAAGAGGCCAAUCGUGCAAAGGGUACCAAAGACUCGGCACUCACGACCCGGUUGGAAAUUGAUGGCAUCAUAUAUGACAUUCCCCGCAACGACCCAAAGGCCUGGAAGUCACCCACAGUACCCAAGACAGGUGUACCCAGAAACACUACCAAGUUACCCGACUUUGCUCACAUGGAUGACAAAACACUGACCCAAUGGUUGAACCUGAAAGGCAAUAAAAGCACUUUGGACAAAUCGAAGACGGACAAAGCAAGGCACAGCUCUAUUUCCAGCAAAGCAGUGCUUCACAUGAAGUACAAAAAAACCUUCUUAAGCGAGCCAGACGCCGACUUUGAAAACGUGUGGGUCUUUGACACCGCAGUAUUCAACACAGGCCAAGAAAAAGACAGACUCGGAGCCAGUAGGAUCAAAUACAUGCUCAUGCGCCACUACGAGCCCGAGACACUCACUUACAUCCAACAAUACAAAUCCAAAAAGCGCGACCACGACGGCGGCGAACAUGGACGCGAUCCAAAGAAAGCAAAAACAACGUCGCUCUGGGUUACCUGCGACGACAAGGUAGUCGAGAACAACCUGACGGACGACAUCAGAGCGGACCCGCGGGCUAGGGACAACGAUAUGAUGACCUACCGCGCUCUCCUGUUCUUGAACGAGGGCGGGAGGUUUGAGAAGGAAGAUGAUGCUACCUGCCUCAGCUUUUGGAUCAACACUCCUGGGAUAUUCAGGGAGGGCAGAGACUACAUAGUCAGGGAUGGGAAGAGGCAAUGUACAAGAGGCCCGAGGUUCAUCAGGGAUAUGAUGGUAGAGGCGUUUACACUUGAUGACGAUGACGACGAUGCAUUUGCCGAACCGUAA